ACCGGAAAAGGUGAGAGGGGGAAGGUAGCGAAACUCGGAGAAACGACUGGAACAACAAAACAAGAGACUACAACCCACUGACAUGCUGAUGAGCGUCUUUUAUCCUUCAGACAUCUUCGUCGAGCGGACGAGGGCGAAAAAGGGCACAGGAGUGUGAUGUGUCCUUCUGUUCAGCGCUUGUUAAAUAAACAGUUUGGGGAUAGCUGAGUCUGGGAAAAAAGCAGCUGGUCUGUGAAACUGACACGCAGUUUGGACGCUGGACACUGCCACCAUGCCUCUGGUGUUUCUGGAGAGAUUUCCAUGGCCCAGUUUGCAGACUUACACAGCCCUGAGUGCAGUGCUGCUAGCUGGGACUUUGCUAAGUGCCUACACAGCUGUGACAGAGACUGAAGCUCCAGCUGCAGGAGAAACUCCGAGCAGCUCCAUAGACAACAUUCAAGUGGAGCAAGCUGACAGUGAUGGAAAUGUGGCCACUGAUAUCCUGCUCUAUCUCAUCUCAGACAGCUUGUUUGUUUGGGUUCUGGUGAACACCGCAUGCUGUGUCCUCAUGCUGAUUGCCAAAGUGAUCCAGUGGAUCGUUUUCGGUCCUCUGAGGGUCAGUGAGAAACAGCACUUGAAGGACAAGUUCUGGAACUUUAUCUUCUAUAAAUUCAUCUUCAUAUUUGGAGUGCUGAAUGUGCAGACCGUGGAAGAGGUGGUGCUGUGGUGUCUGUGGUUCGCUGUUCUAAUCUUCCUCCAUCUCAUGGUCCAGCUCUGUAAAGAUCGCUUUGAAUAUCUGUCCUUUUCUCCGACAACCCCCAUGAGCAGUCAUGUGCGAGUGCUGGCCCUGCUAGUGUCCAUGCUGCUGUGCUGUGGAGGUCUAGCUGUGCUCUGUGGCCUUGUUGGCCAUCUCCAUGGCAUGCAUACUGUUGCAUUUAUGGCUGCUGAGUGUUUACUUGUUACAGUGCGCACUGGGCAUGUUAUUACGAGGUACUCGAUUCACUUGUGGGACCUGAACCAUGAAGGCACCUGGGAGAGCAAAGGCACCUAUGUCUACUAUACUGACUUCAUUAUGGAGCUCACCCUCCUCUGCCUUGACCUGAUGCAUCACAUCCACAUGCUGCUCUUUGGAAAUAUCUGGCUGUCAAUGGCCAGCCUGGUGAUCUUUAUGCAGCUUCGCUACCUCUUCCAUGAGGUGCAGAGGAGAAUCCGCCGCCACAAGAACUACUUGCGUGUCAUUGACAAUAUGGAGUCCAGAUUUGCAGUAGCGACCCCAGAUGAGCUUGUUGCCAAUAAUGAUGACUGUGCAAUCUGCUGGGACUCAAUGACCUCAGCACGGAAGCUGCCCUGUGGACACCUUUUCCAUAGUUCAUGUCUGCGCUCAUGGCUAGAGCAGGACACCUCCUGUCCAACAUGCCGCAUGUCACUGAAUAUUAAUGAGGGCGUGAGAGAGAGGGAGGAGGGGCAGAGGGCACCAGCCGAUGAGAACAUGGCUGCAGGACCUGGAAAUGAUGUCCGAACUCACCUCAACCAGCAUAAUCACUUCUUUCACUUCGAUGGCUCACGAAUUGCUAGCUGGCUCCCAAGCUUCUCUGUGGAAGUUAUGCAUACAACCAACAUCCUGGGCAUCGCACAAGUCAACAACUCGCAGCUCAAUGCCAUGGCCCAUCAGAUACAGGAGAUGUUCCCCCAGGUUCCUUACCAUCUGGUGCUGCAAGAUUUGCAGCUCACUCGCUCUGUGGAAGUCACCACUGACAACAUCCUGGAGGGCAGGAUCCAAGUGCCCUUCCCUGCCCAGCCCCUGGAACGAGCAUCCGUUCAGGUGAGCCCAGCCCCGGAGGAGCCUGCGGGAGCUAGCAGGGGUUCAGAGCCCAGCACUGCGGAGGCAGAGGACCUUGAGGUGCGUGGCAGCCGCUUCUCAAAAUCUGCAGAUGAGAGACAGAGGAUGCUGCUCCAGAGGAAAGAGGAGCUGCUGCAGAGAGCGCGCAGACGCUAUUUGAACAAAAGCAAUUUAGAAGAAGCUUCUUCCUCCUCGUUUGUUCCUGCCUCUAAGGAGGAUGAUGAUAAUGUCCCACCCUCGCUUGAAGAAGAGGGCUCCAGUUCAGACCAUGUGAACAUGCGCCGCAGGGUGCUGGCAGCCGCAGCUGAGCGACGUAUGCACAGGCAGACAGACACACCCAUCUGAGAGUGCGACCCAUCUAGCUCUGCCACAUCUCCAUCUUCCCAUGGCUGUCUCUGUGAUGAAGGGGAAAAUAGCUCCUGGUCACUUUCAUCUCAAAUGAAGCCAAAACAUGCAUGACACUCACCUGUGCCAUGAUCCAGCCAUGGCCGAUACGUAGCAGACCAGCUGUGUCUCUGAUAGGUCUCAGUGUUCACACUGUUUUAAGACUUUUCUAUCGUGCACUUUUCAUACGACACACCAGCUUGGCUGUGUCUGUGGAAAAAAAGUCUAUGCAUGUGUCAUUUAUUCCUUUUAAAAUGUUAAGUUCCUAAUCUGUCUAAACGAUCUGUCUAACAAUGGCUCACCAAUAGAGGAAAGAAUUAUGAACCUGAUGCCUAGUAGUUCCUCAGUCCUGUUAGUAUCAAAAUUAAGCUCUAUCUGAAAUCUCAUGUGACAUGAGCAUUGUUUAGCAUAGUUUUUUCAGGACCAUAGCAAUGCAAAUUUUACUUUGCAUUUGUUUUAGUUUGGGAAGGUUGCUCUUUACUAAAAUCUGUUCUAUUACGAAGUGUGAAUGUAUAGACUCAGAGCUUUAUGAAGUCUAGUUUUGGUGAUUUUACCUUAAGGCACAAGCUAACACUAAGAAUAUGGUUAAGCUUGAGCUAAAAGAAAAUAACCGGCAUAGUUGGCAUUGAAGUGAUCAUUUGCUGUGACUGUGUGGGAGUUUUUUCUGGUUCAGAUUAAAGGUCUUCGACUCUUUUCCAAAUAUGGAGAAUUGAUUUCAAAUUUACGAUAUAAACAUGGUUAGCUUCUCCCAGCAGGGUCAUGCUUCAGACAUGUGUGUAUCUGUUUGCAGUGAUUAGAGGAGCCACAGAUGAUUUGAAUGCCUGUGGUUUGAUCUCAGUCCACAUUUAGGGUGUGUUGAAGAUGACAAAUUGCCAGUCAGCUCAUGAGUCUACUUGAGCUGUCUAUAAAAGGAAUAGUCUUCUUGGGGGGAAAAUGUUUUAAUCACGUAGCUUUGUCUAAUCAUUUCUUGUCAAGUUUCUGCUUUGGUGUUUGCAUUUGGUUGUGUUACAUCAAUGAUUGAUAGUUCUGUAAACAACUGAUACAGUGAAAUGUUACUUUACAUGUUAUUACUCUGUUUUAUGGUUUGUUGGAGAGGGUGUGAGCUGCGAUGGUCAGAUCAGGGUAUUGGGAGACAUGUAUUAAGUAUGAGAGCCUGUAUUUUUUUUUUUUUUUUUUUUUUUUUGGGGAUUUUGCUUUAUAGUUUUAGGGUCUGACAACUUUCCAAUUCAGCAUGAGCCACAAAACCUGUCAGCAUUUGUUUAAUUAUUUUUUACUAAUUAGUGAUAUUUUUCUGAAUGCAGCUUAAGGAAGAAAGCUCUAUUUUGCAUAGUAUAAUAAAUCACUACUAUUAAAAAAAAAAAACUUUUUUAAGUAAGAUGAAUGUGUUCAGGCAAAUGCAGGAUUCCACUAGCAUUCCCACAGUAAAUGCCAAUUGGCUACAUGGCUUAUUAUUUUGAUUUCAGGCUGGUAAUGUAGUGAUCCUGCUUUUAAAAAAAGGUUUCUCAAUUAUCUACCAUUUACUACUUUUCUUUAAUCUUCUCCCGCCAUUUGCUGCCUCUUUCUAUUCAUGAAAUCAUUGCUUGUGAUGCAUAGGUCCUAUAUUGCCUAACAAAGUAUUUCCAAAGAAACCACAAGUCAUUUUUACCUGAGGCUGGAGAUUGUGAUAGGUUUUUGUAGUGAUAAAGCUCGCUGUCAGACCACGGGUCAGAUUUGGAGCUCUACACUGUGCUUUUGCAGCUGCACCUUUGGUCAGUAUUUCUGAAACUGAGAAAAGUGUAAGUAUCUGUACUAUAGUAUCUUCACAGAACUAUUCAGAUGCAUUGUCAUUGCCAUUAACAUGUGAUUUACUUCUUACUGACCUUCUAUACUAAAUCUGAUUGAACUAUCUGAAUGCUUUUUCUAUUGAUGAAUUUUUUUUUCAUUUGUGCCUAAAUUCACCAGUUGAUCAGUUGAACUGUAAAUAAUUUUUUAAUGAAGACUGUAUAAUAAAUGUUAAAUGACCCUGUAUAAAAUAAAAUUCAGAAUUAAUGAAA